AUGAUGAUAUUUUUUCAGGUACGACCUAAAGCAGCCCUUUUUGGCCUGCUUAAACAGAUUGGUGCGACACACGAAGUUUUGACACGCAAAGAAAUCUUGGAUUUCUUAAAAGUGUACAUUGUAUCAAAGCAAAUGUUUGAUGUAUACAACCCCAACAUCAUUCACUGUAAAGGUGACUUGUUAGGAGAGGUGUUUGGUGUCUCACAAUUCACCAUUAGUGAUGUACCAAAGCUUCUUACAGCAAACUGUAUAGAACUGCCAGAUACUCAUUUACAGAAAAGACGCCGUUUGGUGACUAAACCAUCCUCAAGUGCUAAUAUACCUACCUCCAUAUCAACAACACAUGGCCAUGUGGUCCCUCAGACCUCAUCUCCUCUGGUAACAAGUACGUCAUUGAUAAAACCAUCACCACCGGUCAGAAACUUACAUCUACCUCAUACUAAAAGUAGAAAAUCUUCCUCGUCCAGUUCUUGUGGUGAUAAGACAGACACAACUGAAAAUACCUCUGCUAAAAACACUGUUGUCAGUUCUAGUGAUAAAACAAAAAACAUGGACAGUGUAAAUGAGGAAAAUACUAAAAAUGCUAGUAGUUUGAAUGAAAUUGUCAACAGAACUGAAAUUGUUGCAGAUGUAAGUGCUAAUACUGAUGAUGAAAGCAAAAAUUUGGUGAGUUCUGGUAGUGAUGCUGGUAUCAAAAGUACUGCAUCUACUGCUGGCAAAAAUGCCAGUAGUUUUGAAACCGGACAAUCCUGCAGUCAAAGUGAGCAACCAGCAGAAGUGCAAGGUCAUAGAAGGAAAAGAAAAAAUAAUACGAGUCUUGGAGAAUCGUCCGGGCGCAAACGUCACCAAACUGAGCCGGGUUCCAUACCAACAGUUGGGGAGUCAUCAAGAAGACGUGGAACAUCGUUGAGUAUCACGUAUGGUGAUGAUUGCGAUAAAGAUGGUUAUCCGUGGUAUUUUCAGGUCAAACUCGGAGACGGGAGUGAUAAUGAACAGAGUGAAGUUCUCAGUGUCCAGAGCAAAGAAACAGUUAUAGUGCAAGACUCGACUGAUGACCUAUGGUUCCUUGAAGAAGAUUCAGACACUGUGUUCAGUAUUGAGUAUGAUGUGGAGUCAGAUAAUGCCUCGCCCACUGAGUCAGACCUCAGUUCUAUCCAAUCUGGGGAGAGUUUCCUAGUUGUUUGUAAAGAGAGUGAUGUGGAAUUCUUUGCUGAUUGUAGUGAUUCUGACAGUAAUGAUGGGGAUAAAGAACUGACAGAGGCCGACAAUUGGGUUUGUAUAGAAUGUAACCAGUCUAAUCCUCCUGUACAGAGGUAUUGUGGGAGAUGUUGGAAACUGCGAACAGACUGGUUAGGCUCUCAAGCUAGAGCAGAUGAAAGACCUGAGGAUGAUAAAUCUACACUCUCACAAGAAACUCAAAGAAAAGACAAGAAUGUUAGUAAUCAAAGUAGGGAAAUAUCUGACAAUGAUUGUAAAACUGUAGAUGAUAUGUUAAUCAAAGAUCUUGCUGAACAGAGGUAUUCUUUUUCAAACAUUCAAUUACAGCAGAAAGAUAACAAAAGUACAGUUGAUACAGAAAGAACAAAUCCAAAUGUGUCAAAAGCCCCUAGUGUAGCAUUAGAGGAUCCGUGCAUAAUUUGUUUGACUCGGCCAAAAACCGCAAGUCUUAUUCACGGAACAUCCGGUCAUCAGGUCUGCUGCUUUUCCUGUGGGAAGAGAUUGAAGAGGCGUGGGAAGCUAUGCCCUGUGUGCCGCAGACCAAUACAGAAAGUGAUUCGAAAUUAUAUUCUGUAAAUAAAUCCAGCAUUGUUAACCCUACGUGUUCAAGCUAUUUUCCUCAUAGGUUUUAUAUUUCACUGCCAAAUUUUCAUUGCUAUUUUCACUUACAGUUCAUUGCAUUUUUGCACUCAAUUUUAAUGUCAUGGUCACAGAGGAAAAAUCUUGACUUUGUUGAAGUCAAACUUGUAUUGUUUUUGUUGAAGUUUACUGUUAAGAGGAUAUUUUGUAUUACAUAUAUUUUGUGUUAUUUAUGCAUACAUGUUGAAUAGGGAAAAAUCCACUCAUAAUUGAUGACAAAUGACAGAUUCCAUAAAAACACACUGCCAGAUUGUUGACAAAUUUUUGAAGGAUUGAACAGGUCUGUGUUUGGAAGAUAUUUUGCAUUACUGUAAUUUAUACAUGAAUAUCUGCUUUUACAUGAAUACGAAUAUGUUUAUGUCUGACGGAUAGGGGCUUAAAUAAUAAAUAUUCUUUAACCUAUUAUUUAUAUAUUUAUGCUAUAUAUGUGUCUUAUUUAUCACAUACCAGUAUUCUUUCUUUAUUUAAAAGCAGCUUGUUUUUGGAAAAGUAGGAGCUUUUUUUCUUGUUUAUUAAAUGGCAAUCAUUUGCUUUAGAUUAUGCUUUGUGGGGAAUCAGUCUAUCUUUUAGAUAUAUUUUGAAAAAUUAGAAAAUAAGAUUAAUUUUCAUGGUACAUUUCAAUAAUAAGAAAUAACAAGAAUACAAACAUGAAUUAUUAUAUGUCAAGGAUUAUAAUUUGUCACAUUAGUGCAGUAAUGGGUUAAAGAUCCUUCUAAAUUUAAAAGGAGUUAAACAGUUAUUGCACUAAGGUGAUGUAUUCUUUAUUUAAGAUAUAAAUUAAUUACAGCUCUAAGUAUAUUAUAGUGUUUAAACAACUUGAAUUUUUGGAUAACUUUUGAAAAUGUGAUUGUUUUAAGCCUAGUUGACAAUACAUUAUUCUGUAUAACUACAUUAAGAUGUCCUUCAUACAAGAAAUUUUUUUUUUGUAACAUUACAAUUAGUCACUGUUGAAAGGUGUAAUUGUAUUAUUAUAAUAAAUGGCAGUUUUUCAUCAUGUCAAAAUAUUACUCAUUUGUAUUGUAGUGCUAAAAGCAGGCGUUUUUCAUUUUGUUUUAUUAUUUUUAGCUCACCUGUCACAAAGUGACAGGGUGAGCUUUUGUGAUCGCUUUUCGUCCGGCGUCCGUCCGUCCGUCCGUCGUCCGUCCGUAAACUUUUGCUUUAAAUGACAUCUCCUCAUAAACCACUGAGCCAAUUUCAUCCAAACUUCACAGGAAUGUUCCUUUGGUGGUCACCUUUAAAAAUUGUUCAAAGAAUUUAAUUCCAUACAGAACUCUGGUUGCCAUGGCAACCGAAAGAAAAAUCUUUAAAUAUCUUCUUUUAAACAACCCUAAGAGCUAGAGCUUAGAUAUUUGGCAUGAAACAUCUUCUAAUGAGUGUCUACCAAGUUUGUUCAAAUAAAAGCCCUGGGGUCAAAAUUGGCCCCCGCCCAGGGGUCAUAGAUUUUCCCUAUAUGCAUAUAGUAAAAACUUAAAAAAAUCUUCUUUUAAAGAACCCAAAGAGCUAGAGCUAAGAUAUUUGGCAUGAAACAUCUUCUAGUGAGUGUCUACCAAGUUUGUUCAAAUAAAAGCCCUGGGGUCAAAAUUGGCUCCGCCCCGGGGGGUCAUUGAUUUUCCCUAUAUGCAUAUAGUAAAAACUUAAAAAUCUUUCUUUAAAGAACUGUAAGAGCUAGAGCUUAGAUAUUUGGCAUGAAACAUCUUCUAGUGAAUGUCUACCAAGUUUGUUCAAAUAAAAACCCUGGGUCAAAAUUGGCCCCGCCCCAGGGGGUCAUUGAUUUUCCCUAUAUGCAUAUAGUAAAAACUUAAAAAAUCUUCUUUUAAAGAACCCAAAGAGCUAGAGCUAAGAUAUUUGGCAUGAAACAUCUUCUAGUGAGUGUCUACCAAGUUUGUUCAAAUAAAAGCCCUUGGGUCAAAAUUGGCCCCGCCCAGGGGGGUCAUUGAUUUUCCCUAUAUGCAUAUAGUAAAAACUUAAAAAAUCUUCUUUUAAAGAACUGUAAGAGCUAGAGCUUAGAUAUUUGGCAUGAAACAUCUUCUAGUGAAUGUCUACCAAGUUUGUUCAAAUAAAAACCCUGGGGUCAAAAUUGGCCCCGCCCCAGGGGGUCAUUGAUUUUCCCUAUAUGCAUAUAGUAAAAACUUAAAAAAUCUUCUUUUAAAGAACCCAAAGAGCUAGAGCUAAGAUAUUUAGCAUGAAACAUGUUCUAAUGAGUGCCUACCAAGUUGGUUCAAAUAAAAGCCCUGGGGUCAAAAUUGGCCCCGCCCCGGGGGUCAUUGAUUUUCCCUAUAUGCAUAUAGUAAAAACUUAAAAAAUCUUCUUUUAAAGAACUGUAAGAGCUAGAGCUUAGAUAUUUGGCAUGAAACAUCUUCUAGUGAAUGUCUACCAAGUUUGUUCAAAUAAAAACCCUGGGUCAAAAUUGGCCCC